ACAAACUCGGUGUUCAUAGCUCUGAGAUGCAUUUUAACAAUGAAUGAUUAAAUAUUGUCUGUGUUAUAUGAUUUUCACGAACAUUAUUUAAGUUAUGAUUGAACUUCAUGUCCCAUGGUUCCGUUCUGUCUCCCAAUUGUCUCUUUGCUACUACUUCCUCCUGUCUUGCGCAAGCUCACAUCGUUGUAGAAUGCGGAUUUCGAAGCUAAUGAGAAUAGCUAGCCAGUAAGCUAAAAACAAGGUUCGAGUUGUUAGGCUUUAAACGGGUAAAAUGUCUAAAACACAGUCACAGCCCCCAUCAUCCUCGGCAGCGACGACUACCGGGAGGCCCUCCUCGUCCUGUUCGUCUUCGCCCGCAGGGGGCUCAACAUCUCCCGCAACCGUGUUGAACGUGCAGCCCGAGAAACCUCAACAUUACACAUAUCUGAAAGAAUUCAGAACUGAGCAGUGCCCCCUGUUUGUACAACAUAAAUGCACACAACACAGGCCUUUUUCCUGUUUUCACUGGCACUUCCUGAAUCAGCGGCGCCGCAGACCCAUCCGCAGACGGGACGGGACCUUCAACUAUAGCCCAGAUGUCUACUGUACCAAAUAUGAUGAGGGAACAGGCACCUGUCCUGAUGGAGAUGAAUGCCCGUUUCUACAUCGGACAGCAGGUGACACAGAGCGCAGAUAUCAUCUCCGCUACUAUAAGACCGGAUCGUGUAUCCAUGAAACAGAUGCAAAAGGCCACUGCAGCAAAAACGGCUCCCACUGUGCCUUUGCACAUGGAUCUCAUGACCUGCGCAGCCCUGUUUAUGAUAUCAGAGAAGUGCAGGUAAUGGAGUCUCAAGGAGGUUCGGGGGCCACAGAGGGAGGUGGAGGAGAUGGACAGUCAGGACAGGCAGCAAGUACGGCCCUCAUAGAAAAGAUCCUGAGUGAGGAACCACGCUGGCAAGAUAACAACUAUGUGCUGUCCCACUACAAGACAGAACUCUGUAAGAAACCACCUCGUCUGUGCCGUCAAGGUUACGCCUGUCCAUACUACCAUAACAGCAAAGACAGGAGGCGCAGCCCGCACAAGCACAAAUACAGAGCGUUGCCAUGUCCAGCUGUGAAACAGAGUGAGGAAUGGGGGGAUCCAAGUAAAUGUGAGGGAGCAGAAGGAUGUCAGUAUUGUCACACAAGAACAGAACAGCAGUUCCACCCAGAGAUCUAUAAAUCCACAAAGUGUAAUGACAUGCAGCAGUGUGGCAGCUGUCCCAGAGGGCCCUUCUGUGCCUUUGCUCAUGUUGAAAAGCCCUUUGUUCAAGAGGAACUUUCAUUCCCCACACCAAGCUCCCCUCCUCCCCCGAGACCUCCAGACCCUCUUCCAGCCCAAGAAGCUUCUUCAAGUCCCAGCAGACACAACGUGGGGCCUGGGCCUAGUUCUGGUUCUGCUCCGGACCUCUUUUCCCCAUCUGUAGGGUCAUGUGUAGCGGAGCAGGGGCUGCUGGGAAAUGUUUUGUCCCUGUGUGAGGAUGUGAGUGGAGGAGCAGAGCCUCUGUCUCCUUGGGCUGGAGAGGGAGGCUACUGCAGGGCGCCUGGAUUUGAGAGGGAGGAUCAGGCUAAGCAAAGGAGUUUUGCUCUUGAACAGCGCAACAGAGAAUUAGCAUCAACACAAAGCAAACAGGACUUGUUAGUGUUUCUGCCUGUGGGCAGCCCUUUGAGUCUGUCCUCCAGCAUCCCCUCCAGUCUGGCUGCCACACCGCCCAGCCCUGCCCCUCUCGGACCCCCAGGAUCUGGCAUCUCCUCAGGCAUGAACGCUAACGCCCUGCCCUUUUACCCCACCAGUGAGACUGUAGAGUCAGUGGUUGAGUCAGCCCUGGAUGAUCUUGACCUGAAUGAUUUUGGUGUGUCGGCGCUGGAGAGGAGUUUGGAGAGCAGCUCUGGUCUGCCCAGUGUGGGAGUUAUGCUGGGAGGUAGCCAGUUUCAGAGUUCUGCUCCAGUCAAUAUCCCAGGAUCCUUUAGCAGCUCUGCUCCUUUUAGCUCCCCGUCACCAUCUCCCCCGAUCAGGCCCCACGCUUCACCGUUCUUUUCUACUCAACUAUCACAACCUGGCCAAUCAGAAAGCACCUUCUUGGGACCAUCUCAUAGUUCUUUAGGUCUAAAUGGUAUGAGCACUAAUAUCUGGGAGCAUUUUCCAUCGGGCCAGGGUUCCCCUGGUACACCCCCCACCCUUCUGCCCUCUGGCCCCUGUGCAGAGACUUCCAGGCUCAAACAGGAGCUGGAGGAAGCACACAGGACACUGAAGCAGUGGGGUCACACCUGGAGACACACAGCUCAGUCGUGUGCUGCGCUGAAAACAGAUGCAGAGGAGUCCCGUGCCCAUGCAGCACGGUUAGCCAUGGAAGCAGAGAGAGCCAGGCAGGCUGAGGAGGAAGCACAGAGGCAGGCUUCUCUCCUGCAGGAGGCGCUGGAGAGCUUAAGGAGUGGAGACAAUCCCCAUUUAGCACUUCACCAACUCCAACUACUACACCGACUGCCCCUGGAGUCCAUCCUGAGUUUGCAGGCUCAGCUCUGUAGCUGCUUACAUGCUGUGGAACAGGUGGUGUACAGGAAACAGAGACAGUGCUGUGUGACAUGUGGAGAGCAGGGCUCGGUGUCCCUGCCCUGUGGCCACGGACUCCAGUGUGAGAGCUGCUCCAGCUCGACUGAGUGCCCGCUUUGCCCCGAACAGACCCUGGAGCAGCAGCUCUCUUGACCACACCACCCACUGGGCCCAUCGUAGAUUCCAAACCAGUCUGUCCUGAUUCCACAGAUGCCAGCUUUUGAUCUCAUUCAAAAUGAUUUCAGUUUAUAAUGUGGUAACAACACAAGCACUGAUCUGGUUUUGUAUUUUUAAGAAGACGUUUACUGACAAAUGACCAGUUUAUUUAGCACAGGUCACUAAGUGAAAGCUCUUAAUAUGGAAUUAAUAGUUUUUCCAGUGUUACCGUGGGAACACAGUACAUUUUUACUAGUUACUGCCCUUGACCAGCGACACUGUUGUUUACCCCUGUUCCUCAAUUUGUGAAAAUAACUUUAAGACCUGCUGUUAUUUCUUCUCUAACUCUACUAUGAAAGAUUUACAUACAGAUCUGUAUGAUACUUUGCUAUGUUUUGAAACAUAAGCACACCCUAAUGAAAACAGAUUUCCAGAGUGUUAUCUAUCUAUGCGUAUAGUGGGACUUCCUUCCAAAAAUAAAGACAUGACAUGAUAGACAUGAUAGUCCACAGUAGGGGAGCAGUCCUCAUCACAAACGUUUAACAGAAGUAUUUUCUGCUAAAAUAAGCCCACUAACUUUAUAUUCCACAUAGAAUGAAGUACAGCCGUACUCAUGGAUGAGAUGCAUAUGCUUUGUAACAACACAGAAGUGAAUGUAAAACUCCAUUUGUCCUCUUGGCUGAGGUGUCGAUGCUUAGUGGCCUGGUAGUAUUCAGUUUCUGCUGUGUGUUUACCUUCGAUUCAGAUCUCAAAACUUUCUAGAUGAAUGGAUGACAUGACAAAUUAGUCACUUUUUUUUAAUUGUGUUUUUUUAUUUUUGAGGAUCAUGAGCUGUCUUAGCAAAAUCAACAGGUCUGACUGAAAACACUUAAAGGGCAUAUUUAGUUUCAUCUAUACAAUCUGGUCUUAUACAGCCAGGGGGGUCAUACCAAUCUGCUGGUAGGGCUUGACUAGAUUAUAUUGAUUUUCUUUUUCUUUUUUGUCCUUUGAUAGUUUUAUAGCAAAGAUAAAUUUAAAGUUGUCAAUUGCUGUUGAAUAAUAACAGAAAAUAUUUAAAAAUCUAGUAAUAUUUGUUUAAAUUUACAACAGAUGGCCUCUGUUAAAGCACUCAGGUUUUCUCUAAUAUUCUUCUACACAAACUGGAACAGGAAAGCAUGUUAACACAAUGGAGUCAACCUGUGUAGUCUUUAAAAUUACAUAUUUUAAAGUUUUACUUAAAAACGCUUUUCAUGUUAACUCAAACAUACAUGUUUUUGUUAAAAGCAGUUCAUUCGCUAUGUUUAAAAUCAAUGUGUGACAAGUUUCUCUGCCAAAAUUUUUACAUUUGUAGUAAUCUUUGACAUUUCAGUGUGUCAAAUGUAGUCUAAUAUAUAUAUAUAUAUAUAUUAUAUAUAUAUACACAUAGUUAAGUGAUGUCAUACUUAUCUCUUGCACUGAUUAGACAAAACAUCAGGAAGCAGACAGAUCUGUAAAGGUGUGUGAGGUUUAAAUGAAAGUGUUUAUGAUCACUGUGAUGGUCUUCAGUAAACCCAUGCUCAGCAUACUGUGCACACACAAAUCAUCCAACACCAGUGUUUCCUUCUGAGUGGAUUUUUCUUUGUUUUUUGGUACAGAUCAUUAAAACAAAUUGUAUAUUUUUGGAGGAA